GGCUCGUCCGAUCAUCUGCCACGUAUCCUAUCUACGUCCCCUUCCUUCUUCCCCAUCUUCGCCUCCACCUGACUUCUCCUCUGCGGAAGAGGACAAUGACUGCUUAUCACCUAUUUGUCCUUCUUCAUCUCGUUCUUUCCCAGAUACCCCAUCCCCGUCACUAUCGCCAUGAGCUUUUUCACGGAGCGAGCCCUCGGCGACCAUCUCUUAACGCCACGGUGCUACAUCUCGGCGAUCCGACAGGUCCAUCAUCCGCGGCUCAGCCCGGAUCUUCGACGACUCGCGCAAUUCUUCUGUGCUGAGGGAGUGUACGUAGCACCUGAGUUUCGAUUUGCAGGCAGUCCCCGAGCGGUUGUUUUGGCAGAGGCGGUAGCGGUUCAUCGACGAUCAGCCCCUGAAAUCAGCCACGUGUCUACGGUUGUCGCCUUCAGCGGCGAUAUCAGCGUGGAGAACGGGAUUGAAGGCGAUCUACUCGGAUUCCUUUUCGGAUCGGUGCGGCCCGACCAUCGCCAACUGAUCGUGCAAGAGCUAACGGUCCCCCUUGCGCAGCUGACCGACGAUCUCCCACUUGAGAUCGUCUCACAGAGCGACAACAGCCCAGUCCCACUUGUUCUCACGCGGACUUUGGCGCCAUAUCUUCAGUGGUCGGCGUGCUUGGAGGAACCAGGAAGCGGCCACAACCCACCAUCACAGCGCGGUUAUCUGAGCCUGUACGAAAUAGUGGAUCUUGCCUUCUUUCAAGAUCGAACGGCUUCCGAGAACGAGGAGGUAGAGAUUGAAGCGGAAGAGGAAAGCUCGGAAGAAGAAGAAGAAGCUGAAGAAGAGGGCGCAAAGGAAGAAACUCCCGAGGAGGGGAGUUCUAGCGAGCACAACGAAGGGGAGCAAAGUGAGGAGGAGGAGGAGGAAGAAGAACAAGACGAUCAGGAGGAGCUAAAAGAGUCAGAGUGGGAAGGAUUUGAGGAGGAGGUGUGCGCGGAGGAGCUCGAGCGAACGGAAGCGGAACAGGCGGAAGACCCCGAGGCGGCGCGCAAGAGAGAGGAGAUCGCGGCCGGAAAGCGACAGCUGGAGUUUGCCAGCGCAGCAGGUCCGAGGACCCUCGACGAUCCUAGGCGAGAUCCGGAGCCGCCCAAGCCUGAACAUGGGGACCCAGCUGCCGAGACUUCGGUUGCACCGGCAAGGCCGCGACGAAGCCGAUCCCCCUCCCCCUCCACCACCGACCGUCCACCAAUUCGUCCACGUACAGAUGGUGGGCAUCGGGCUUCGUCCCCGGUCAUUAUUCCGCCGUCCCCUUGACCACCUCUCUUUCCGCCAGAUUACCACUCGCGUCACCUUCCCCAGCAAUCCCUUCCUCAUCCAUACCUUCCGCUUUUUCUACGUUGUCGGUGCGAAUACCCUUACAAGG